AUGCCGCGGUCGAAUUGGACUUCUAAUCCGAUACCAGAGACAAAACUUGUUCACGUCCUGCCGCAAAAUUUGGUCCAGUAUCUCUACGAGGAGCGCCAAAAGGUCGUGGUGGGGUUGGAAGCAUUGCAGACGGAAUGGGCUUACUUGACGAAGCAGGAGAUUUGCUCGGUGGGCAUGGGCGGUGAAGCUCUGCGCGUAAAUCCUGCCGUUUCCGAAAGGCAAGCAUUCGAGGACAAGCAUUGGCCUCUGGAUGACUGUCCGCACGAGGAAUGUCAAGGAACUUGUUAUCUCAGCAGCGUGGCGGAUAGAAUCAAGAAGUGGUGGGUGCAGCAUGGGCCAAGUCUGUGA